AUGGCUCUCAAACUGGUUGUCGGCCAAAAGAUCAUCAACGAUGUCGUCCGGGCGUCGCGCAAGAAGGGAGAGUGGAAAGUAUUAAUAGUGGAUCCGUUGGGAAUGCGAAUGAUCUCUUCGUGCACUAAAAUGCACGAAAUCGCCGCCGAAGGCAUCACUAUUGUCGAAGAUAUUGGCAAAAAACGGGAACCGCUGCCCAACAUGGAAGCCAUUUAUCUUAUUUCCCCGACAGAUAAGGUAUGA